UAAACAAUCAACGAAAAAAUACGGAUUCUCGUUUGUUCAUUCGCCAAAGACGAAAUACGGCUCGCUUAGAGGUCAUCGAUAUUUAUCGUGAUUAUCAUGUCAUCAAACCAGCAAAAAAUCCAAAGUUAAAAAUUUUAUUUCUUGACAAAAGCGAAAUCCCGACCAACAAAAACACGCAAAACACAAUCGUCAUUGUGCUAUUUAACAAAAAAUACAACGAUAAGCACAAUCCA